CAUUGAGAUCAAUGUUGUUGUUGUUGUUGUUUUUUUUUAGGAUCCAAUCAUUUGUUGGAACUGUAUAUUGGAUUCUAAAACUAUUCUAAACUGAAUCAUUUAUUCAUCAUCAUUGCUGAUUUUAUGUUGAUAGUAAUGUAUUGAAUACUAAACUCUCAUUUGUGUGAGUGAAACAGAAAGAGUGGGAGAGAACGAAAGAUCAAGAACAGAAUACGAAAUCCAUCUGAGAAAAAAAAAUUCAUCCCCUCUUUCAUCUCCUCCGCCUUUUUCAAUCAACUCAUCAUCAUCAUCAUCAAUUGAUAUUCAUGAGUGAAUGUUUGUUUCUUAACUAAAAUAUAAUUUUUUUUCUCUUGAAUGAUAUAUAUCCUUUUUAAAGGUGAAAAUAUUAUUAUUAUAUGUAUGAGUGUUGAAUUUGUGUUUGUGCAUAUAGUGAGGAAUCAAAUUCCAAUAGCAAAUAUAGUUUAUUUUGUUUUCAAUACAUUGAAAUGCCCCCCUACAAUGAAUUUUGAAUCAAUGUGCGUGAGCGUCUUCUAUGAUGAUGAAUUGAUUAAUAUCCAUAAUUAACAAUCUACCUUGUUUUUCUCGUUUUUUUGCUCAUUUUGUUGCUCCAUUCAGAUUUUUUUUUCAGUUUGUGUUUGUUUUUGAAACAAAUCCAUAUAUAUAAGAUAUAUGUACCGUUCUUUAUAGUUUGUGCAUUUAAAUGUUCAAGGAUUCUUCUAUAUCUCUUGGUACAUCAGGAAUGAUUCAUCAUACGAGAACAAUUAUCAUCCAAAAUGAUGAUUAAAAUUGUGUCUAUAACAAUGACCGUUAUACGCGCUAAAAAUGACGAACAUUUUAUCAAUAGAAAAAUACUACUACAAAAUCUUGAAAUCUGAUUUUACAAAAAUCGUAUGUCAAAAUUUCUUUCAUUCAAACAAAAAAAAAAUUCUCGAUAAUCAGUCAAUCAACGACAAUAAUGUCCGGCAAUAUUUGAUUCUAAAUUUAAAAUUGAAAAUUCAAAUCGACUAAAUACGAUAAUAAUCAAUCUAUGAUCGAUUCUCAUUUGUUUUAAAAUCUGAUCAGGUCAUCAUCGAACAAAUCAAGACAAACUGAUAGAGUUAAACAAAGAAAAAAACGAAACAUCAUUCUUUAUCUUCAUAGUCUGUGAACAAAAUUUCUCCAACAACAGUGAAAAAGAUAUAGUGAUCACCAAUCAUCAUAAAUAUAAGAGAAAUUUUUUUUUGCAUUUGCCCCCCGUUAUAACAUGUGACUUAUAUAUGAUGAUGAUGAUGAUGAUGAUGAUGAUAGUUUUAUUUGCCUAAUCAUCUUUGUGUAUGUAUUUUGAUUGAUAAAUGUGCAAGAGAUUUCGACAGUUUUUUUACGGUGUUUCUAUGUGUACGCAAUAAUAAAACUAUAACAACAAAAAUGACUACGAAUAAUUUGAAUUUUCAAUGAUGAUUGAAUUAAAAAGAAAAAAAUCGCGCCAUUCAUACAACAUAUAGAUAUUACCUUUCAAUACUGUCUAACAGAAUAUAUUUGGAACGAACGUUCAUCAUUCAUCAAUAACUAUCAUCGAAAUUAUACAUUAAAUGAAAGCAAAAAGAAAGCAAAAAAAAAAUCAUAAUAAAAUCAUCGAUUCAUAAAUUUCAAAUAUCCAUUUCAUCUUUGACAAAAAAUUUACUGUGAUUUUUUCUUACCGGAAUAUUAACCAUCAUUUAUCAUUCACUCGGUACGAGAAUAAAAAUUCUUUGUUGACAUUAAGCAUUGCAAUCAUUGUCGUCAUCAUUCAUUUUGUUUUCAUUGAGAAAUCUCUGAACUCUUUUUCAUUCUCGAUUCACCUAUAUAUACACAAUCCUAGUCAUAUUACAUUUGAUCGAUCAUUAAUGAUUGUUACUUGUUGUUGAAGAAUUUAUCUUCGGGACCUAGAAAAAAAGACAUCAUUUGUUUUAAUCACUACAAUCUUAUAUGAAAACCUGAGACAUAUUCAACAUCAUCGGUAACAACGAUUUUAUCAAUCAUCUAAUUGACUAAUCAACAACAAACAUGGAUGCCAACAUGAAUGAAGAUAAUCAAGAUACGAAUACAUCGAGAAUGAUGAAAUUUGAUCCUGCCGUUUUGGUUGUAAGCCAUAUAAGAACAAUAACCAGAAAUGGUGUCGAAAUCAAAACCGUACAGGCAUCAGUAGGAAAGAAAAAUCAAUACUAUACGAAAGAUAUUUCCUAUACAAAUGAAAAAAUGAUUGGAAAUGGUUCAUUUGGUGUUGUUUAUCAAGCAACAUUAUUAGAAGAGAAUGAAGUGGUUGCCAUCAAACGCGUACUACAGGAUCGACGUUUUAAAAAUCGUGAAUUAAGCAUCAUGGUCUCAUUAGAUCAUUGCAAUAUUGUUAAAUUAAAAUAUUUCUUUUAUACACACAAAAAUCAACAGAAAGAAGACAUAUAUUUGAAUUUGGUAUUAGAAUUUAUACCAGAUACAGUUUCCAAAGUGGCCAGAUAUUAUAUGCGACAAGGAACAAAAAUACCAAUGAAUAUGAUCAAGCUUUAUAUGUAUCAAUUGUUUCGUGCAUUGGCAUAUAUACAUUCAUUGGGCAUCUGUCAUCGAGAUAUUAAACCACAAAAUCUUCUGGUCAAUCCAAUGAAUGGCGUUCUUAAGCUCUGUGAUUUUGGGAGUGCAAAGCAUUUAGUUCGAGGCGAAAUGAAUGUAUCGUACAUUUGUUCUCGAUAUUAUCGAGCACCAGAAUUGAUUUUUGGUGCCACUGAUUAUACAACAAAAAUAGAUAUUUGGUCAGCUGGGUGUGUUUUCGCUGAACUAUUACUUGGAUAUCCGAUAUUCUCAGGUGAAUCGGGUGUCGAUCAAUUAGUUGAAAUCAUUAAAAUACUCGGCACACCAUCAAAAGAUCAAAUCAGGCGUAUGAAUAGAAAUUAUACAGAGUUUAAAUUUCCGAAAAUUACACCGAAUCCUUGGGAUCGGGUGUUUGGAGCUCGAACUCCUCCCGAAGUUAUUGAUCUUAUCUCUAAGCUGCUUGAUUAUACGCCAUUUUUACGUCUUGAUCCAUUGAAAUGUUGUACGCAUCGGUUCUUUGAUGAAUUAAGAAUUCCCAAUUACCGGUUACCACAAGAUCGAGAACCUCCACCAUUGUUCAAUUUCACUGAACAAGAGCUUAAAAUAGCACCAGAAUUGAAUUCUAUUCUCAUACCACAACAUCUACAUUCACAAUUUUCUGAAUAUAUAAUUGAUAAUACCAACAAUCGUGACCUGAUCGAUUCUACUACGAAUGAUCCAACUCCUUCAACAUCUUCAUCAGCUGUGGCUACUGUCGGUUGUGGAAGCGAAGCCGUAAGCAAUGCAUCUCAAUCAUCCGAAUUGAAAGCAUCAACUUCAUCGGUAGGCAGCAGCAACGGAGGUACAGGCGGUGGUGUUGUUGGCAAUGUUCCUCAGCAAUCUCACAUGGCCGCAUCACCAUCAAGUUCAGUUAGCUCAAAUCCACGAUUCUCAUUAUCAUCGCCGAAGCAGCAGCAGCAAACAUCAUCCGAAGCUAGCCUGAAAACUGCUUUGAAUGAUCCAAAUGAAUCGACGGUAUCUUCAUCAACCAAUAAUGUUCAAUCGGUUUCUGGUGACAAUAAUGCUGGAAAAUUGACCGACAUUUCUAAUGAUCCAGUGACGACAACGACUGCAGCAACAGCUACGGCUCCAGCUGCCACAGUCAAAAUUGAACAAUGAUUAUCGAGUAUAAGAAUCUGAUGUGCAAAAGUUUUUUUGCAUAGUUACACCAUUACUAUCCUCAUUAUCAUCCAAAUUAUCACAGCCUUCCAUCAUGACGAAAACACUCAUUCAUUGUGUUCGAUCUAUCAAUAAAAAAAAUGAAUUAUAGUUUUCAUAGCUUUCAACAAAUUCAUGUAGACAAACACACAUAAACGCCAUUGUUCACUUCCUUACGCGAAUCAUCAAAAAUCAUCAUAUGCAUGAAAUUGCCAGGGCAACAUUUAUUUUCCACUUCCGGAAACCGAUUCAAAAUCUCAUUUUUUUUCAUGUGAUACAUAGGAUUCGUUGUCAUUACAUUACUAUUAUUUUAACUUUUUCAAAAACAAUAAAUCACGAAAUGUCUACAUCGAUCGAAUAUCAAUAUCAUCAAUCAUCGUUAUCAUCAAUGAUCUAUUAUUGUUUUUGUUUAAAUUCAUUGUUUUCAACCUCCUCAUCGACAUUAUUGAUCUAUUUUUCAUUCAAUCUUCAUUUCUUGCCAUAUAUAUCUGAUCCAUAGGAUCAUUCAGUGGAUAAAUGUUAAAAUCAUCAUUAGAAAUUCAAAAUGAAUGUGAAUGCAAGAAAAUGAAAUGGAAAAAAAUUGAAUAGCCAUUCUGCUGAAUUUUGUGUUCUGUUGUUUUCACUUCUUUUUUUUUGUCUCCAUUAUAUCUCAGACCACAGACACCUCUUUUCACUUUUAACCGUCAGUCGUUUUUUUCAAUUUUUAUUUAAUUUGUGAUUUUUUAUCAUUUCAUCGUCAAAACACACACAUAUAAAAACAAAC